AGACGAAAGGUGGAAAGCCUGCAGGACAAAAUGGCAGCCAUCCUGAGAAAUGUGCGAGCGGUUACAUGUAUUGCUGCAGUUUCUCUCCGAACUACUCUGCCACGAGUUAGCACAGUUGCAUUUAUUCAUAGAAAAGAAUCACGAUGCUUACACAUACCAACAUUUUUUUCACAGACUGCACUAAUAAAGUCACCUGUUUCUACAACACAGCGACGCUACAGUUCAAAGGAACCUCUUACUAUUAAACUAAUUGAAGAAAGAGUCCAACUUGUUCUCAAACUCUAUGACAAAAUUGACCCAGAAAAGCUGACGCUUGAUAUUCAUUUUAUAAAUGAUCUUGGACUCGACAGCCUGGACCAGGUGGAAAUUAUCAUGGCCAUGGAAGACGAAUUUGGUUUUGAGAUCCCAGAUGCUGAUUCAGAAAGAUUGUUACGGCCCAGAGAUAUAGUACAAUACAUCUGCGACAAGGAAGACGUUUAUGAUUAAAUUAUUAGAAAACCUUUCAGUUCACUGAAUUUGUGUUUAGAUGAAGAUUUUUCGAGAGUUUGGUUCCGAACUUGCUGGACUCGACUGGGCAACUUCUGUGUUUCUGUGUGACUUGACAUUACCAGUGAUGAAGCUCUAGAAUUGUGUGGCUGUGUAUAAACAUUGUACACGUCUUGAUCUAAUAAAUGUUUGUACAAAUUUA